AUGCGUGAGGCGAAGAACAGGAUGGUGCAGGUGCAGUACGAUGCAAUGCAGUGCAGUGCAGAUUCGUGUUUGCUCAGAACAUUGUGUUUCUCAGGAUAUACAAAGUACAUUGGUCGAUAUCAAAGAGAAGAUGCACAGUUGGCGAAAUCACUCCCCGGCGCAUCUGUGAAACAAAUCUCCUACUUGUUAUGGAGAUCUCCGCAGGAUUCGGAACAUCGCCGGGAAGAUGAGGGGAAGCCCCGACUUGAUAAGGCGACCGCCGUCGUCUCUCCCAUUGCUCUUCACCAAUCUUUAAAAGAUCCCCUGCAACUGUGUGAAACCACCGCCAUGAAGCUGGAACACAACAAUCCCCCUAAGCUCGCUCUCAAGGGCACCCCUCGAGAGAUUGGCCUGGAACAUGGCCGUGUGCUCCGCGAGCAAAUCCACCGUCAACUGGAAGUCUACGAGGAGAUGUUCGAAGUCACCGCGAAUAUGUCCUGGGAGAAAGUGCGCACUCUGGCGGAGGAGUUCCGCGCCUCGCUGGAACAAAAGACCCCCGACCUGUACGCCGAAAUGCAGGGGAUUGCCGAGGGCGCAGGGCGGGACAUUCUCGAUGUCGUCGCGCUGAACUGUCGCAGCGAGAUUUCGUUUGGGAGCUUUUCCGACGGCUGCACCAGUCUGUCCUGGAAGAAGAACGCGGGGGCGCGCGUGCUGGCGCAGAACUGGGACUGGACGAACAUGGUCAAGGCCAACCUGGCGCUCGUGUCGAUCGAGCAGGCUGGGAAACCGAAAAUCUACAUGGUGACCGAAGCGGGAAUCGUCGGCAAGAUCGGGUUCAAUACCGCUGGGGUGGGGACGUGUCUGAACGCCAUCAAGGCACAUCCCUGUAUCAGCGCCAAGAUGCCCAUCCAUGUGGCGCUGCGGCUUUGUCUGGAGAGUUCCUCCGUGGCGGAUGCGCUGCAGCGGCUUGCGUCGCUAGGCGGCGUGGCGUCCAGCCAGCACAUCCUGAUUUCGGAUCCGAAGACUUCCCUAGGGCUGGAGCUGUCGCCGCUCGGCGACGUGCAUCUGACGGAGGACCCGAACGGAAUUAUCACGCACACCAACCAUUUCAUCGAGAACAGGUUCGUCGAGGUGCCCCCGUCGUGGGCGCCGGGCUCGGACAAGCGUCUGGAUCGCGUGCGGGAGUUGGCGCAUGACCUGGUCGAGCUCGGCAUUCGCGACGAGGCGAUUACCGCACCGCUACUGCGUGAUGGCAUCUUCUCGGAUCUGAAGAAUGCGCCGCAGUCGAUCUGCUGCCAGGAAGAUCCCAGUCGACCUCGCACGGUGCGUACUGCGACGCUGUUCAAUAUUGUGAUGAACUUGGAUCCGCAGAAUCUGGGGGCGGAAGUUGUCGUGGGACAGCCUGGAUCAGGUACGGAAAGUGCCGUGCUGAAGAUGCCGUGGUAG